CUUCCUGCUUCCGCCGCGGCUCCUCUUCCUGUCCGCGUCGGGGAGCCCUGCGCCCCGCGUCCCCGGAGCCCUGAGUGCCGCGACCCCCGGUGCCCUGCGCCUCGCGUCCCCGGAGCCCUGAGUCCCGAGUCCCCCGGUGCCCUGAACCUCGUGACCUCAGGUGGCCUGAACCCCGCGUCCCCCGGAACCCCCCCUUGCCCCGCACCCUGCGCCCUGCGCCACGCGUCUCCGGAGCCCUCGCGUCCCCGCGCGCUCUCCAGAGUCCCGGCGACGGAGGCCACCGCCCGACCCGGCGGAGAGCGCCGCCUUCCUCCGCCCCAGCGGCGCCAUGGCCGCCCCCGACCUGUCCACCAACCUCCAGGAGGAGGCCACCUGCGCCAUCUGCCUUGACUACUUCACGGACCCGGUGAUGACCGACUGCGGCCACAACUUCUGCCGCGAGUGCAUCCGGCGCUGCUGGGGCCAGCCCGAGGGCCCGUACGCCUGCCCCGAGUGCCGCGAGCUGUCCCCGCAGAGGAACCUGCGGCCCAACCGCCCGCUCGCCAAGAUGGCCGAGAUGGCGCGGCGCCUGCACCCGCCGUCGCCCGUCCCGCAGGGCGUGUGCGCCGCGCACCGCGAGCCGCUGGCCGCCUUCUGCGGCGACGAGCUGCGCCUGCUGUGCGCGGCCUGCGAGCGCUCGGGGGAGCACUGGACGCACCGCGUGCGCCCGCUGCAGGACGCGGCCGACGACCUCAAGGGGAAGCUGGAGAAGUCCCUGGAGCAUCUGCGGAAGCAAAUGGAGGAUGCACUGCUGUUCCAGGCGCAGGCUGAGGAGACCUGUGCCUUGUGGCAGAAGAUGGUGGAGAGCCAGCGGCAGAACGUGCUGGCGGAGUUCGAGCGGCUGCGCCGGCUGCUUGCAGAGGAUGAGCGGCGUCUGCUGCGGAGGCUGGAGGACGAAGAGCUGGAGGUGCUGCCCCCGCUGCGGGACAGCGCGGCCCGCCUGGGGCAGCAGAGCGCCCAGCUGGCCCAGCUCAUCGCUGAGCUGGAGGGGCGCUGCCAGCUGCCGGCGCUGGGGUUGCUGCAGGACAUCAGGGACACCCUGCGCAGGGUCCAGGAUGUGAAGCUGCAGCCGCCUGAGGUGGUACCCAUGGAGAUGAGGACGGUGUGCAGGGUUCCGGGGCUGCUGGAGGCCCUGCGCAGAUUCCGAGGGGACGUGACCCUGGACCCCGACACCGCCAACCCCGAGCUGGUCCUGUCGGAAGACAGGAAGAGCGUGCGGCGGGGGGACCUGCGGCAGGCCCUGCCCGACAGCCCCGAGCGGUUCGACCCCGGGCCCUGCGUGCUGGGCCGGGAGCCCCUCACCUCGGGCCGCCAUUACUGGGAGGUGGAGGUGGGAGAGCGGGCCAGCUGGGCGCUGGGCGUGUGCAGGGAGAACGCCAACCGCAAGGAGAAGGGUGAGCUGUUCGCGGGCAACGGGUUCUGGAUCCUGGUGUUCCUAGGCAGCUACUACAACUCCUCCGAGCGGGCCUUCGCCCCCCUCCGGGACCCACCGCGGCGCGUGGGCAUCUUCCUGGACUAUGAGGCCGGACAUCUGUCCUUCUACAGCGCCACCGACGGCUCCCUCUUGUACGCCUUCCCCGAGACCCCCUUCUCGGGGACCCUCCGGGCCCUGUUCUCGCCUCUGUCCAGCAGCCCGACCCCCAUGACCAUCUGCAGGCUGAAAGGCGGGCCUGGGGACUCGCUGGCUUCCCAGUGAGGGGGCCUCCCAGCUGCUCGGGAACCUGGGCAGCUCCUGCGGUCCUCUGAGCUGGGGAAGCGCUCGCGGUGCCCGGCAGAUGUGUGGGUGCGCACUCACUCCUGCAAGUGUGUGCCCGCGUGUGCAGGGCCGGCUUGGUCCUGUCGUCCGGGCGGAGGGCGCUGAGACACCCGCGUUCACCAGCGCCGGGCCCUGAGCCUCGCGCGCCCCCCCAGGCCCCGCGGCCCUGGAGCUGCCCCUCCAGAAAGCUGCGGCCAGGAGGCAGCUCCAAGCCCGCGCGCCCGUGUGCAGGUCGUCCUGGAGAAUGGGGGGCGGGACGGGCUUGCCCUGCAGUACCCAGGGACUGGGUGAUAGGCCGGAGGAAGCUGGGAGGACACCCGAGCACCCCCCUCCCCCGAACACACACCACUGGGGGCUUCUGGCUCCUGUUGCAGAGGUUCAGAUAGAGCAGGUCCCUGGUGCCCCGGGGUGAGCAGGCACAGAGGCCCCCCCCCCCCGGUUUCCCUCCGAGCUGCUCAGAGAACCCCCAACUGGAGUCACCCUCACAGUUCUCUCCUCGCUGGCCUGGGGGGCCUCCUGACCCCAGAACUCAGCAUACCUGGUCCCCAGUCCUUACUGCCCAGCCUGGGGGCAGGUGAGGCCUCAGAGAGCACCCCCCCACACACACCUUCUCGCUACCAGGGUCUGAGAUUUGUCUUUGCUUUGUUCAGACUUUGCGUCACCCUCCCUAAAGGUCUGCCCCAGCUUGUUCGUACCACUAGAUUGUAUUUAUUGUAAGGACUGUUCUCACAGUAAAUAAACUAACCGU